GGUCCGGGUGUGGGAAGGAGUUAGAGACUUGGGGGAGGAGCCUGGGGCCCAGCUGCUGUCCUGGCCCUGCCAACAAUCGGGCCCAAGACUCUGGUCCCGUAGUGUCGCCGUCCAUACGCCGCUGUACUACAGAGACCAGUCGCCCGUCUGCCUGGCAGGAGAAGCCGCCCGCGGAAGCGGCCUCGGAGAAUGGAAGCGGAGAACGCGGGCAGCUAUUCCCUUCAGCAAGCUCAAGCUUUUUAUACCUUUCCAUUUCAUCAAAUGACAGCUGAAGCUCCUAGGAUGGCGGUUAUAAAUGAACAGCAAAUGCCAGCAGAAGUUCCAGCCCCAGCUCCUGCUCAAGAACCUGUACAAGAGGCUCCAAAGGGAAGGAAAAGAAAACCCAGAGCAACAGAACCAAAAAAACCAGUGGAACCCAAAAAACCUGCUGAGCCAAAAAAAUCUGGCAAGUCCACAAAAUCAAAAGAAAAGCAAGAAAAAAUUACAGACACAUUUAAAGUAAAAAGAAAAGUAGACCGUUUUAAUGGUGUUUCAGAAGCUGAACUUUUGACCAAGACUCUCCCUGAUAUUUUGACCUUCAAUCUGGACAUUGUGAUUAUCGGUAUAAACCCAGGACUAAUGGCUGCUUACAAAGGGCAUCAUUACCCUGGGCCUGGAAACCAUUUUUGGAAGUGCCUGUUUAUGUCAGGGCUAAGCGAGGUCCAACUGAGUCAUAUGGAUGACCACACUUUACCAGGGAAGUAUGGUAUUGGAUUUACCAAUAUGGUGGAAAGGACGACUCCAGGCAGCAAAGACCUUUCCAGUAAAGAAUUUCGUGAAGGAGGACGUAUUCUAGUACAGAAAUUACAGAAAUAUCAGCCACGAAUAGCAGUGUUUAAUGGAAAAUGUAUUUAUGAAAUUUUUAGUAAAGAAGUUUUUGGAGUAAAGGUUAAGAACUUGGAAUUUGGGCUUCAACCCCAUAAGAUCCCAGACACAGAAACUCUCUGCUAUGUUAUGCCAUCAUCCAGUGCAAGAUGUGCUCAGUUUCCUCGAGCCCAGGACAAAGUUCAUUACUACAUUAAGCUGAAGGACUUAAGAGAUCAGUUGAAAGGCAUCGAACAAAACACAGAUGUUCAAGAGGUGCAAUAUACAUUUGACCUACAGCUUGCCCAAGAGGAUGCAAAGAAGAUGGCUGUUAAGGAAGAAAAAUAUGAUCCAGGUUAUGAAGCAGCUUAUGGUGGUGCUUAUCUUGAAAAUCCGUGCAAUAGUGAACCUUGCAGCUUCUCUUCUAAUGGGCCAACAGCCGACGGUGCAGGGUUAAGAGGAGAAUCAACUUUCAGUGACAUUCCAAAUGGGCAGUGGAUGACCCAGUCAUUUACAGACCAGAUUGCUUCCUUUAAUAAUCAUUGUGGAAUGCAAGAACAGGAAGAAGGAAACCAUGCUUAAGAAUGGUGUUUCUCAGCUCUGCUUAAAUGCUGCAGUUUUAAUGCAGUUGUCAAGAAGUAGAACCUCAGUUUGCUAACUGAAGUAUUUUAUUAGUAUUUUACCCUAGUGGUGUAAUUAUAAUACAAUUAUAUAAUAUAAGUGUGUGGUAGAAUCAACUGUAUGACCCCAAGUGGUUUGGAAGGAAAAAGUAGGGGUUUUUGUAUAUGAGUUUUUGUAUCUGAAUUAACCAUCAUUCCAGCUUUUUAUAUACUGUAUUUCGUUUAUGAAAAAAUUAAUUUUUCUUUUGGGAGUCACUUUUUAUCUGUAAUUUUAAAAUACAACAGUCUGAAUAUUUAUAGUUGAUUCUUAACUGUGCAUAAACCUAGAUAUACCAUUAUCUCUUUUAUGCCUAAGAAAGGCAUGCAAAUAAGAAUUACCACUGGUAAAGAGGCAGAUUUGUUGAUUUUCAUAUAUGAAGUUAACCCUCAACGGAGUCUCAUUGUUAGUUUUUAGUGGUGUUAAAUGGGCUCCCUGAAUCAUAUUCACAAAAACCUCUUUGCUUUACCAGUGAUGCGUGUUUGUGAGAGGUGCUUAGUAGUAAAAAUGUAGAGUAUGGCCUUGCAGUAGCAAGCAGGCCUUAUCUGACAGGGCAUUGAGCCCUGGCUUUGGCCUCUUUGCCCCUGUGUGUUAAUCCUCUAGUAGGCAGAAACUGUUCUCCUGGGAUGAUAGGUUCCAGAUAAUGCAGUAGACCUUUUACAUUUUGUUACUCAUAUAUGUUUUACUUGAGAAAUAUAAAUUUGACAGGGAAGGAACAGAAUUUCUCUGUCGAUAUUUAUUACCAUUCUGAUUUUAUCCUCCUUGACUUUAAGGAUGUGACGUGUAAAGUGAUAAGAAAUGGACUUUCAAAAGGCUGAGCAACAAAAUGCUGGAGGUGUUUGAUAAUCUUAUUUAAACUGGUGCUUUAUGUAAAUGAGAUGUGCUUAAAUAAAUAAUACAGAAUUUUUCUUGCUAGGUAAACCUAAUAAGCCAAUAAUUUUAAAUAUUCUUUCUCUGGAUUGUUGCUGUUUGUUACUGUGGACUCAGUGAACCUCAUAGAAAGGUUGGUUUGAAGUAUGUACCUUCGUGAUUUUCUAAUGCGUUUUCCAUGGUGCUACAAGAAGUCCAGAUUUCUAGGUCUGGAAGAUAUUAAAGUUAGGUAUUCAGAAAUGCCAUUUGCAUUCACUCUUGAUCACCUCUCAAUAUUCUGAUUUCAUACAUACCCAGGGAGCAUGCUGUUUUUUCAAUAUGAAAUAUUUAUGAGGUUUUUUUCUUCCUCAGGAGGUUAUAUGGGCUGUUCUUUUUAUAUUAAGAGAAACAAAUUCUUGUUCUGAAUCUAAACAUGCUUUUUAGCUGUGGAAAUGAUGGAUUUUAUUUUCCUUAAGUCUAGGUCAAGCUGUGUAAAAGUCAUUCAUGUUAUUUAAAUGAUGCACUGUACUGCUGUUUACAUGGAUGUUUUGUGCGGGUGCUUUGAAGUGCCUUGCAUCAGGGAUUAGGAGCAAUUUAAUUAUUUUUUCAUGGGACUAUGUAAAGCAUGUAACUAGGUAUUGCUUUGGUAUAUAAUUAUUGUAUGUUUACAGUAGAAUUUUUAUUUGAGUGGGGAAAACACCCUUUAAAUUAUGACAGACACUCAGUAGAGAAUGAGUUUGAGAUUUUCCAAGCAUACAAUAAUGGUGUUUUUCAUUAAACAUGACAGAUGAGUAGUAAAUGUUGAUAGACUUUGUACAUGACAGAU